AUGAAGUCUCCAAGGAUGAGAGUCUGUGCUAGGUCAGUCUUGCUGUCUCACUGGCUCUUUCUGGUCUAUGUGUUAAUGGUGUGCUGUAAGCUGAUGUCUGCCUCCAGCCAGCAUCUCCGGGGACACGCAGGUCACCACCAAAUCAAGCAAGGGACCUGUGAGGUGGUCGCAGUGCACAGGUGCUGUAACAAGAACCGCAUAGAGGAGCGAUCACAAACGGUCAAGUGUUCUUGCUUCCCAGGACAGGUUGCUGGCACAGCUCGGGCUCAGCCUUCUUGUGUUGAAGCUUCCGUUGUGAUUCAGAAGUGGUGGUGUCACAUGAAUCCUUGUUUGGAAGGAGAGGAUUGCAAAGUGCUGCCAGAUCACUCAGGUUGGUCCUGUAGCAGCGGCAAUAAAGUCAAAACUACAAAGGCAAGUAUAGACAAAACCCAACUGUGUGCUUCAACCCUGGAGGAGCGACAGAAUGCAGCGCUCUCUUGUUUGGACUGUCCAGAGUCCUGGACUCUUUGCAGGAAAUCGUCUUGGAUUUCACCCACAUCACAUUUGCAUAUCUGUGCUCUGAAGGGUGGCAUUUGCUUAACUGUCCCAGCCUUCUCUGCUUCCUGA